AGGAGGAGGGGGCGGGGGCGCCGACGGCGGGGGCGGUGACGACGAGCACGACGGGCGGGAGAACCAGGGUCGCCGGCGGGAGCGGGCCGGCUUGCGAGACCUCGCCAGCAACGGGGCCGCCAUGUCUCAGACCGUACAGACAAAUGGCACACAACCAUUGAGCAAAACAUGGGAACUCAGCUUAUAUGAACUUCAAAGAACACCUCAGGAAGCUAUAACAGAUGGCCUGGAGAUAGUGGUGUCACCCCGAAGUCUCCACAGUGAGCUAAUGUGUCCCAUUUGUUUGGAUAUGCUGAAAAAUACCAUGACUACUAAGGAAUGUCUACAUCGAUUUUGUGCUGAUUGCAUUAUCACAGCCCUUAGAAGUGGAAACAAAGAAUGCCCUACUUGUCGUAAAAAGCUCGUUUCCAAAAGAUCUUUGAGACCAGAUCCAAAUUUUGAUGCCCUCAUCAGUAAAAUUUAUCCAAGUCGUGAUGAAUAUGAGGCUCACCAGGAGAGAGUUUUAGCAAGGAUCAGCAAGCACAAUAAUCAGCAAGCUUUGAGCCACAGCAUUGAAGAGGGUCUGAAAAUACAAGCCUUGAACAGGUUACAGAGAGGCAAGAAGCAACAGAUAGAGAAUGGCAGUGGAGCAGAAGACAAUGGUGACAGUUCGCAUUGUAGUAAUGCUUCAACCCACAGUAAUCAGGAGGCUGGACCAAGUAACAAAAGAACCAAAACGUCUGAUGAUUCUGGGCUUGAACUGGACAAUAACAAUACAACAGUUGCCAUAGACCCAGUACUGGAUGGUGCAAGUGAAAUAGAAUUAGUUUUCAGACCCCAUCCUACGCUUAUGGAAAAUGAUGACAGUGCACAGACAAGGUACAUUAAGACCUCGGGCAAUGCCACUGUUGAUCACUUGUCUAAGUACCUAGCUGUGAGGCUAGCCUUAGAAGAACUUCGGAGCAAAGGAGAGUCUAAUCAAAUGAAUCUUGAAACAGCCAGUGAGAAGCAAUACACAAUUUAUAUUGCUACAGCUAAUGGCCAAUUCACCGUAUUAAACGGUUCUUUUUCCUUGGAGCUGGUCAGUGAAAAAUACUGGAAAGUGAAUAAGCCCAUGGAGCUCUACUAUGCACCAACAAAGGAACACAAAUGA